AUGGAGCAAUUAAACGAACUCGCACGGAAACAACAGGAGAUUGGUCAACAAAUGUGUAAAAUGUUAGCCAAUAUGAAGAAAGACUCAGCCUCCAGGAAAACCAGCGAAUAUAUUGUGAAACAUGACCGACAGCUAGAAGCUUAUCAGGAAGGUAUCGAAAAAAAUCAUAACGAAAUUAUCGAAUUACAGAUACAAAAUCAUGAGUAUCACAGUACAAAGUACAGAGAUCAGCUGCAAAAGGUCUACGACAACACGAUAAAUUAUCUACAACAGUUACAGAAUCAGCAGAAGAAGGAAGAGGAUAUUGAAGAAAUGGAUAACGAACAGGAGCUCCGAAUAAAAAAACAGGAGGUUCGUCUAAAACAAUUUAGAGGGAUAUUGUUUCAAAUGGAAGAGGAAAUAAUGGAGCAGAACUUAAGACGCUGCGAAACAUUGUACACCAAAGCAGAGAAGAAGUGGGAAGUAAUAUCAGAGCUUGAAGUGGACAUUCAAGCAAACGAGGUGAGCUUCUCUCAUGAGUAUUUUAGAAAGGAUCCAGUCACGAAAAUGGAAUUCGAAUACGAUAACAUACAAGAAAAAUUAAAAAUGCUCACCAAAAAGGCAAGUAUAAAGGCGACAAACAACAUCGAGCUGCCCAAAAUAAAAAUACCAACGUUCCGAAGUGGAUAUGACAAUUGGGCUCCCUUCCACGAUUUGUUCGAGAAAUUAAUACAUUCCAACGAGAAGUUAUCGAACGCGGAGAAGAUGCACUAUCUGAAGGGGCAUGUGGACGGAGAAGCAGCAAGACUUAUACAGCAUCUAAUGAUCUCGGAACAAAAUUACGUAACAGCAUGGAAGAUCCUUCAAAACAGGUAUAAUAACAAAAGAUUAAUGGUAAAUACGUUAUUAGAUAGAAUCCUGGAAUUCUCGAAAAUGGAAACAGCGAAGGCAUCUCGAUUGAAAUGGCUUCACGAUACCAUACAUGAGUGUCUGGAGACAAUAUCAAAUCUGGGAAUGGAUACAUCGUCAUGGGGUCCAAUGGUAAUUAGAAUCACCACAAAGAAAUGGGACUCAGAAACCAACAGGCUAUUUGAGCAGUCACUAAAACAACCAAAUGAAAUCCCAGCAUUAGGAGAAGUGAUGCAGUUCAUGCAGACGAGGUUCCAGUCCUUGGAGGCAUCGGGGUCAAUGCAGAGCAAGGAUGCGAGUCCUAGGUACACCUGGGGAAACACGUCCACCAUAUCAUGCCAUUACUGCCAACAGGAGCAUCGACUUGAACAAUGCCUUAAGUUCAAGGGGCUAUCAAUCAACGACAGAAACAAGGAAGUAAGAGAAAGAAAAAUAUGUUUUAGGUGUUUAAAACACAACAGCGAGGAAAAAUGCUACUCAGCGUACAGGUGUGCAGAAUGCGGUUAUCCACAUCACACUUUACUUCACCAACCGUACAAACCAAUAGCAGAGCGGGCAACACAAGCAAGCACAAGAACAUCACACACUACAGUAUCUAAAAGGAAUUGUCAAACCCAAAAGGAAAACCAGGAAGUACUACUAGCAACAGCGAUAGUACAAGCACAAGACCUCACUGGCGUACAGCAAUUAUUAAGAGUACUAGUGGACCCUGGAUCACAAGCCUCGUUCAUCACAGAAAAGGCAGCACAGCAGUUGAAGCUACCACGACAAAAAGCGAAUGCAAGGGUAUCAGGAAUAGGUGGUUAUGAUCACACUAACGCAAAAACCAAGAUAACGGUUCAAUUACAUCCAAGACAACCAAGUGAGUAUGAGUUAACAACAGAACUAAUCAUUCUCACAAAGAUAACCGAAAAUCUACCACUGGCGUCGUUUGAGAUGAACAAAGAUCCAUGGAAGAAUGUGCUGUUAGCUGAUCCCACGCUGAAUAACUCCGGACCAAUUGACAUACUACUGGGUGCCGAGGAAUACGCAAAGAUCAUACUACCGGGAGUCAUGAAAGAAGGAAAAUUAGUGGGUCAACAAACCGAAUUUGGGUGGGUGAUAUCCGGGCAAACAAAGCACGGUGUCAACCAAGGCUAUCAAAUACUGGGCAUGGUAUCAACAAUGGAAGAAGAGACACAACUAUCCAAAUACUGGGAAAUAGAAGAAGCGACCAUGGCUAAUGGGUUCAAUGAAGAAGACAAGAAGUGCGAAGACCACUAUAAGGCAAACACUACACGCAGCCCCGAUGGAAGAUACACAGUCAAGAUUCCAUUCAAGAAGAAUUCGAUCAAAUGGGGGCGAUCCAGACCACUAGCAAUAGCCAGGUUGUUGCAACUGGAGAAAAAACUAGCAGCAAACGACAAGAUGCGUGAAGAAUACAACGCGUUUCUACAAGAAUACCUGGAUUUGGGUCACAUGGAAAUGUACUACAACGAAGAUGAGAGUGGUGUUUGA